GUAGUUAGCAUAACAAUAAGAAACUGUCUUUGCAACCUUGUAGGUAAUGUUGGGAUGACAAACUCCGUUGUACAGGAGGAAUUCAACUUGGCAGCAAGAAGAGUCAGCUUUGCGCCGAUGAAUAGAAGCAUCAAUAUGCAGUCACGAAGUUUCUCCUGGAGAAACGGAUCCAUCCCAAUGUUUCGAGAUAACGUUACUCUUAUGGAUGGUUUGGAUGACGAAGGAGGUGGUAAUAAUGUUUCGGUCCUCAUGACGCACCAGUUGCAAAUGGCUCAGACCUUCUUUCCCUCCUGCAUUUGCGCCGCUGUUCUACCGCUCACCAACCUCAUGGAUGACUGCGCAGUUAACUCCGAGGGCAUUUCCAUAAGCACUGUUGUGGAAAAGGUAAUUUGGCAAUGUCUACUGGAGGAUACCAGCCUCUUUCUCCGCUACAUCUUUGAGAAACUUACGCGAGUUCCCCACAAAGACGACCUCAUUUCAAUUAUUCGUAAACUUGUCCAACGUCUUCCUGAACUUCCCAUGCAAACUGCUCACAUUCUCUUCAAUAACCUGAUCGGUUGUAUAAUGUUCCACGUGCGAACUCCAAGUUUCGACGCCCCAGAUUCUAUUGCAAGUAUUCUCUGUGUUUUGCACAUGAUCAUACCUUACGUAAAGAAUGUAUACUUUAAGGAUUUGAAACAGACCUUUCGUCGUGAACAAAUUGACUCCACGUUGCUGGUGACAGCCAAUUUGCCAUGUGCUAAACAAUUCAACGUCUUCUGUGAUACUAUUUGUGUUGCCCAACUUGUCAAGUUGCAGGAUGAUAAUAAGGAUUAUCGAUUUGGAGAUAUUCUCAACGAAGCUCUGGAAGGUAAUGGUGUUCCACACAGCGAGCACCAUUUUCAUGUUCUCUGUGAUGAUCGAUCAAAUAUUAUACGCAAUUCCAAUCAUUACGUGCGGGACUUCUAUCCCUUCAAAAGAAAUCACAUUCCAAAGCUGAAAUUGAUGCGAGUGGAUCUAGAAACAGGUCAACAGUUGCUUCAACGAAAUGCAUUCAGUUUAAAGGUUCAAGAAGUGGGGAAAUUGCUCUUAGUCAAGACCAUUCUUCAAACAACAGCCGCCUCACAUAUGUCCAAUCAUAUACUCUUCUUACGAGAAGAAUUGGCAAAACUUCCAUCAUUUCCACGCAAAGCUCUGGAGGCUGAGUUUACGCUGUACGAGUGUGGUGAUAUGAGCAAGGCUCUUUUUGCAAUGGACUCGAUGCAUAAGCUAACUUGGUGUCAGCUAAUCAACUCCAUGUUUCAGAAAAUGACUUCUGCAUUUCCAUGGUCUACCGAUCUUCAACUUUUCCUCAAUGUUUACAACGGAACACUUGUUUUACAUGCUGAAGACGCUACAAUACUCCGACAGUGCUUGGCCUUUUACCUACAGUGCUCUUAUCAGUUCAAAAUGAUCUUUUCUGUCAAUGGAUACUUGAGCAUUCUGCCAACCAUUAUUCGGGUAUAUCACAGCAAUCAACACAAUAGUAUUCUCAAGCAGGCGAUAGAGUUCACUUUUAAACAAUUUUACAUUAUGCAUCGGACACCCUUCAUUUUGCAAAUGUUUGGCAGUAUUGCUAAUUACAUAGACCUAUCACCUGAAGAAUCCACUCAACCUAACUUCUAUCGGAUACGACCGGAAACCCUCUAUCAGCUUCUGCGCUCAAUCGGAAGAGAAAUCCCUGACACCUUGGGAAUACUUCAACUCUGUGGAUUCUCAAAGCCUUUGAAGGCACUUGAUUUCUGUUAUGCCGAUGACUCGCAAAGUUGGUCCAUUUUUGAGACGAUCAAUUUAUGUGUCACCGUUCAAGUAUACGCACCAGAAUCCUACCGUUCUCGGCAAAUGAUGAUCAUACUGCAAUCAAUACUACCCUUCAUACUCCGUGAUUUGCCCCUAAUUUGCUGUGAGGAGUGCACUGGGGCAGAUGUGAGGAAGUUCGAACUUCAAUUAAUUCAACAGCUCUCAGUUAUGAUCAAGCAACUCAUUUACACUACUGAGUGGAUGACUAGGCGGUCAGAAGAAUCUAGAUCAGUAGUAUCUUCAGGAGUCAGUGGUAGUUCCGUUCCUGGUGGACCGCGUGGUUUAGGAGGCGCAUCGGCAAAGCGUUUGGCCACAGCAGAUCAGCCACCAAAGAUGCCUGAAUGGGCAUCGGCUAUCUCAGGAAAUUACUCUCAAAAUCGAUUUCAGGGCCAACAACAGGGCCAAAGAGGACUGAAUCGAGCUGGCUCCCCACUGACGAGUAGAACCCCAUCAACUGAGUCCUCUACGAAGAGAUCGAUGAAGCGUCAUCGACAUAGUGGGGGCUCAUUUAGCAGUGGUUCAGGAGGACUCAAACGCAGUGCGUCAGCAGUAAUGGGUGGUGGUGGUGGUGGAAAUGGAGGUGGUGGUAAUGAUGGAAGUCACAAUAUUAAUACUCCAGCUGGUUGGCGAAAAUCAAGCGUCGAACCCCGAGAAGCCAUUCUGCAAAUUGCUUCUGAAUUCCUUACUGUUGCGCACAGACGGCUGGGAGAGCUGGGAGAGAAGCAGAAAACUUCCGAAUUACUGGACGGAAAGGCAUUCAUGCGUCUCUCUGAAUUGGCCCAGUCCAUUGUAAAACAGUUUCCUCACAAUGUUAAUCUCUUAAGGAGCCAGCCCUUGCAAAGAUUCUUUUUAGAAGUCCUACCAAUAGCAGACUGGAAUCAAGAAUCUCUUCGAUCAUGCAAGGCUCUAGAAACUCUUGUCGGCCGACUGAAUAGAACAUUGCCUAAAAUGUUAGAAACCGCUUCGAUUAGAAAACAGAUCAGCUGGAAGCACCUAACAAAUCUUAUACGAGCCCUCUAUCUUACCAUCCAGCGCAACAGAGCUGUCGCACACUUGAAAGAAAUAAAGAUCUUUAAUGAUUACUUAAAACGAAGUUUGGUGGUUGGUCCUAACGCAUGGUGGACAACAGAGCGUCUAGUCACUAGCACACCACAGGCAGCUAUUUCUAUGGUUACCGCGCAUCAUCUAGGCCGUCGAGCCACAACAGACACUUUGGGUGCUGGUAUGGACAAACAAAUGGCUUCACCUCCUGGUGUAACUUUUCACCCUGAAUUAGUAACUAGUGCUGAGAGACGAACUCUUCCAAAGACUCCGCUGAGUCCAACUUCACCAAGCAGCGCUUUAUUAACGUCGUCUCUGGCAAAAUCAUCGUCUUCUGUUUGUGCUUCAAGCACCGGGGGUUCUACUGAUCGAGCUCAAACAUCGACGGGUGGUUCAACAACGGGCGGAAGUCUCCCAACACCUUUCGCAUCUGAGUCAACGCGGUUUAUUGCACUUAUGUUGAGCUGUCUUGAGUCAUCGUACCGCCUCAAGGACCUUUGUGAGAGAGCAAACUUUGAAUUUUGCCGCUGUCCAACAAUAUUUGAGGGAGGCACCGACAACCUCUCCAAUUACUUGGCCUACCUCAUUGUACCUCUAUUAAUCCAAUGCAGCACUGGUCGUGGAGGCCUUAUCUAUACGCAGGCUGCACUCUUCUUUAUUCUGCGUGUUUUCAGUGCAUCGACAGAACAGCAAAACAGACGUCGAAUGCAUUACGAAGAACAGGGAGUUUUCACAACCAACUUUCCAAACCUCUCCAAGGAGAACGUAUACUAUGCCUUGGAAGUGUGUCUGUCUGGUCUGUUUGUCGGUUCAGAGAAGUGCUCUUCGGGGCCAACCACUUCCAAUGUAGAAUCUUCAGGAGCAGGAUCAAGCCGUGGACCGGCACCGGCGUCUGACCAUUUUGCGUUUGAGACACCUCGCCAUAAACUCGGUCUACAUUCCUCCUUCAUGUUGGCAAACUCAAAAUCUAAUCAGCCAACCGGUGGAGUGGGAGAUAAUAACGCAGGUAUGGGAGGAAUCAAAGCUUCGUUGAGUCAGAGUAUGUCUGGAACUGUGGGGGUUACGGGUCUUCUCCAGUUACCUAAUUUGCUUGGAGGGCCCGCAGUAACCGGAUCUACGUGGGAGUUAAUUGGACCAUCUAGAUUGGCUUGCGAUCUUGGAGGAGGUCGGGUGCAUGGAUGUGUAGUGAACUUACUCGGACCCACCCUCCACAGUAUGCAUCAUCCAAAACCGGAGGAAUCGGAGUCAGCUGCCUCGGUUGCGGCUGCUAAUACUGCUGGUCCAAGAAACUCAGUUGGAGCGGGACAUAUGCACACGACACUUAGCUCGAAUCACGAGAGAAAUCUCCAGGCUCAAAUCGACGUGAUUCACAAGUUGGCAUUUCUAGGACUCAAGCUCAUUCUAAUAGUAUAUCCCCGACAUGCACUGGCCAAAUCACGCAGUAUCAUUGCAAGUCUAGCUAAGCUUGCAUUCUAUCGAUGCUGUGGUGUGCAAUUGUGGAAAUUCCUCGAUUUCAUCGUCACAACUCGGCCCAGCAUCUUUAUGCAUAUGGCUCCUUUCUUCCGCUUUCAGGUGAUUAUUUUAUUCCAUUUUAAAUAG